GCUUCGUUGCUUACCUUCACGAAAGAUACAGGCCGGCGACGACGACAACGCUCUCGUCAAAGUCAAUAACGAAGAGGAUUCGAAGUUGAAAUGCAAGGAUAUCCAGGCAUGAACAUGAAUCGGCCUGGUCUUGGUCUACGUCCGCCCAUGCCUUCGUACGGCCAAGGACCUUCCAUGAUGACUCUUGCUCAAAGGCAGCAGGCACCUCCCGCACGCCCGGCGCAGGAAGGUAUUACGCUCUUUGUCGGCUCGAUUGCCGGUGGUAUAACCGAUUCAUUCUUGCAGCAGUUGCUCGGCACAUGUGGAACGCUAGUUUCUUUCAAGCGCCUCAUCACACCUGCCAAUAAGCCUCAAGGUUUCGGCUUUGCGACGUUCGACAGCCCAGAAUCUGCGGCGCGUGCCAUCAAGCUACUUGAUGGUGUCGAGCUGCCUGGGAUGGAGGAUGGUGCUCCGAACAAAAAGCUUUUGGUGAGAGCCGAUGAGCUUAACAAAGGGAUGAUUGACGCCUAUUUCGCCUCGCGUAUGAACACUGAUACAGAUGACGCUCAGGUACAACACGCGCGAAUACAAAUAACCGAACUACUACAAAACAUCAAAAAGCAGCAUGACGAAGCUGCAGAUAAGGGUUCCUUCGAUAAAGAAAGAUACGUGAUUCCGCCUCAUCUGCAUGACCUCCAAGAAGCAGACUUGCCGGAGACCCAGCGUGGACUAGUCAUUUCCGAAAUAGCUCAGUUCCGUGAACGUGCGGCGAAGCGCGAGCGUGAAAAGAUGGUCGAGGUCACAUCGGCGGCCGUCCCAGCUCUUGCGCCGGCAGGUCCAAAACAGCGUGAGUGGGGAAAACCUCAAGGGUCUGCUCAUUCCCCAACUAGGCAGCAAGGAUACGGCAAUGGAGCACAAGGGUAUAACAAACCUGUGGGAUUUGUCAGGGAAAGUGGCAGAGAUGCUGGAAGCUCGUCAAAUAAUACCCAAAAGACGGACGAAGAGAUGGAAGAAGAGCGGAAGGAGGCAAGAAGGCGAAAUGAGGAGAAUUCGUUUAGAGACCGUGAACGAAGAUAUGAACCUCGGGAACGGAGGCGAAUCACUGAGAUGGAGCGCUCUAUUGCGAGGCAACGAGCGACGAGGGAGGCGGAAGAACAUGACAAAGUUGAAAUGAAGUCUCGAUUGCACGUUUGGGACGACGAUGAAAGUGACGAACUCUUCUACACCGAUCGUGCACGAUGGAGAGCCCAACGGGUACGUCGUCUGAGGGCGGAAGAAGCCGCUGACGAGCAAUCUCGCAGUUAUGAAGAGAAAGAAGCAGAGAACCUGCGUCGUGAAUCUGAGGCGUUCUUAGCACGGCAGAUGGAUGAGAUGCAGCAACUCGCGGAUGAACAGCGCAAAGCAGGGAUGCUCCUUGAUGAUGGUGCUCCUGUCAAACUCAACGUUUCAUUGCAAGCAGCGAAUGCACAAAAGGCGGAGUCGGCUGACCCGAAAGCAGCCGUUGCAGCGGCUGCAUUUGCUGCGCAAGAGGAGGAAGAAGAAGAGUUCAAGAAACGUAAGGUGCCAUUGGUGAAACUCGACUUCAGUGUUGCGGAAGGAGAAAAGGCGAAGGAGCGGUUGGAGAAGAUACGUGAGAAUGUACCUAGAGACAAGGACGCAUUGUUCAAAGCGAAAGUCCGAUGGGAUGGCCUGUCUGAUCAAUUAAUUGAUCGCAAGCUUGAACCGUUGAUCAAGCGCCAGAUGACGAAGUAUCUGGGUGAACUAGAGGACGAUGACCUGGUCAUGUUCACCGUCGAACACCUCAAAGAUCAUAAGGGGCCGCAAAAACUCGUAGAAGGACUUGAACCUGUCCUCGAGGAAGAAUCAGUAGAAUUUGUCACCUCGAUCUGGCGUCAAAUUAUCUUCGAAAGCAUGGCGUAUGGCGAGGGACUCCAUACAGAGCGAAUGAUGGUAGACUAAAAUCGUAGCACGGAAGUUCGGCCUCAGGUGCGUCUCAGUUUGGAAGACGGGAGACUUGACUAUAGAGGUAGAUACCGCGUCUGUCUUGCAUCAUGAGGACAGAAUAAGCGCGUAUUUUACGCGGAAAAAUCCCUUUCCCUAACGGGUCUUAUAAGAAGAGCCGUGAGUUCAUCGCUUGCCAUUACCGUCUUUGAAGUGUAAAUGAUAUUACUCUUUUUGGUCCAUGAUUCUUCUUGUCAUUCGUAUCGCUGUAUGUUACCUUAUCGUAUGCCCUCCGAAGCUCAAAGUAACGUUGCUGUUAAGUACCCAGGCCUCCUUCGCCUCGGACUUGACUAGUAUUCGCGCGUUCUUAUAGCAAGCAGC